CUUUUACUGGUUUGUGUAACGGAGAGAGAGUGAUGGAGUUUGGGUGUUGAAACAGUUUUAACGAUCGCAUGGCUGAGAUUUGUUACGAGAACGAGUCAGUGAUGAUGAAAACGACGUCCACGGUGGUUAAGAAGACGACGGCGGCGGCGACGACGACGACUAAGAGGCGUGAACGGAGCUCUUCUCAAGCCGCGAGGAGGCGGAGAAUGGAUAUCCGACGGUAUAAGUUCGUCUCCGGCGAACAAGACGACGGAGAGUUACACAAGCGGAGGAGACGAGAAUCCGCCGUGUUCUACGAGUUGGCCAAGACCGAGACGGCGAAGGAGGUUGUCGUUUUGUGUGAGUCUCUGAGCUCUACGGUCAUGGCAUUGCCUGAUCCGGACGCUUAUCCUAAAUACGGCGUCGCUUCGGUAUGUGGAAGGAGACGGGAGAUGGAAGACGCCGUCGCUGUGCAUCCGUUUUUUUACCGUCAACAGACGGAAGUUUCCUCUUUAGGGUAUCACUACUGCGGCAUUUACGAUGGUCAUGGCUGUUCCCAUGUAGCGAUGAGAUGUAGAGAGAGGCUACACGAGCUAGUGCGUGAGGAGGUUGAGGCUGAUGAUGCUGACUGGGAAAAGUCAAUGUCGCGUAGCUUCACGCGCAUGGACUCAGAGGCUGUGGCGUUGAACGGAGGUGGUACGGCGAAUUGUCGUUGCGAGCUUGAGAAGCUGGAGAGCAACACCGUGGGAUCUACAGCGGUUGUGUCAAUCCUCACGCCGGAGAAAAUCAUCGUGGCGAACUGUGGAGAUUCCCGUGCUGUUCUCUGUCGUAACGGGAAAGCUAUUCCUUUGUCUUCCGACCAUAAGCCGGAUCGCCCAGACGAGCUAGACCGGAUUCAAGCAGCGGGUGGGCGGGUUAUCUACUGGGAUUGCCCACGUGUCCUUGGAGUACUUGCAAUGUCACGAGCCAUAGGCGAUAGUUACUUGAAGCCGUACGUUAUCAGCAAACCGGAAGUAACCGUAACGGACCGGGUCAAGGAAGACGAGUUCCUUAUACUAGCAAGUGACGGUCUUUGGGACGUGGUCUCAAACGAAACUGCAUGUAACGUCGUUCGAAUGUGUAUGAAAGGAAAAGUCAACAGUCAGCUAACAUCUUCACCGGCAAACAAUGUUGCCGGCGCCGGAAACGUGGAAGUCGGAGGUGGAGAUGUGUCGAAUAAAGCCUGUGAUGAAGCGUCGAUUUUGCUGACAAGGCUUGCGUUAGCUAGACAAAGUUCUGACAACGUAAGUGUUGUGGUGGUUGAUCUCCGAAGAGACACGUAGUUGUUUCUUGUUCUCUCUCUCGUAAUGUUUGUUCUUUUUUUUGUCCCGAGUCAUGAUGACUUUUGGGCUUUCUUUAACUUUUUUGCUCUUCGGUUUAAGACGAAGGGUUUUUAAUUUUAGCUUGACUUUUGGUAUGUCACUGUCACUGUGUAAGUGAAUAGCGGUUUAAAUCUUCAAAAAAUUUCACCGUAGGUGAAACUGCGCAA